AUGAUUGAUUGUCACCAUGUUUUGGCAUUUCCGUUUCUGGGCAUUGAACAAGUAGUGCCAUCCAAAGGCAAGAUUGGAGUUGUAAAGACAAUUGAAAUCAAAGGAAGAGCAUUUGGAGAUGACAUUUCAAAUAUUGUCGUCAAUUUGGUUGGGGCUGGUCAGUGUAUUGUACAAAGUGUGUUUGAUGAUCGUUCCAUCACUUGUACUCUUCCAGUCUACCUUUCAAAUCGAAGAUUUAGAGUGACGGUAGAGGUGAAUGGUACAAUGACAUCUGACCCAGCUUACUAUCGUUACUAUGGUCGAUUAACAUGUAGAGGUCUUUCAGAUCAACAACAAGACCCUAUCACAACUGGUUCAAAUUUUCAAAAACAAGUAGAUUGGUGGUAUAUUUAUUGGGUAGCAAAUCAACAACAACCAAAUGACAAUGACAAUGAAAAUGAUGGUGGAAGAUACAUUUAUUCAGAUUCUCUUAAUAUUCAACCAUCUUGGAAAUCAAAUUUAAUUAGAAAAUUACCAAUCAGCAAUAAUGGUGGUAAUAAUAAUAAUGUUAUUAUUAUUGGUGAUUUUAUCGUAAGUCCAUUAGCAGCAACAUUUUUACAAUACAGAGAUUAUAAUUAUUUGGCUUAUAAUGAUAUUCAAGGUCAUCGAGAUGAACAGAGUGGAGAACAAACUGUUACCUAUCCACUCGAUGGAUUAGAAGGUCAAGGAAAAGGCUUGUUUAUGUGGGAUGAAUCAACUAUGCAUGGUAUACAUAUAAUUCAUAGUGUACCGGCUUUUCCAGCAAUUGCAACACCACCACGACUCAAACAAAAAGCCUCAAGAUGGUUGGAAUUGAAUAACAAAUCAAAGAGUAAAACGAUAACACAAACGGAAACGGAAGAAUUGAAAAACAUCUACGAUGAAUUCUAUCAACAAGUCAAAGGUUCAAGUGGUAACUUUAAUUUGACAUUUCUAGAUCCAUUCACACAGGCCAAAACAACCGAUAGCGACGAUGACGACAGUGAAUAUUUAAUAGAUGAUAGUAUCAAUGCCGAUGAUAGCCAUGGAUGGCUAGGAGGUAAUUCAAACAAUAAUCAUAAUUUCUUUUGUAGGGAAUUUGACAAUUACCAAGUUGCAUUGAAAUAUUAUGCUCAAACAAAUGCAGCUUUAUACUCUUAUCGAUUAAUUAAUAAUAAUUCAAAUAUUGAUGAUUUUAAUAAUAGAAAUAAUCAGAAUUCAUUUAUUGAUAAUUUAAAUUCUUUAAAAUCAAAUUAUUUAAAUGAAUGUUCAAGUUUUUUAAAUAAUAAUAAUUCAAAUAGUAAAUGUGAUUGGAUUGAUGAUUCAAUUAAAAUUAAAGGGUUAUCAAAUACUGUAUUAUUUACUAAAACUAGUAUUACCGCUUCUUUAAAAUAUUUAAAUCAACAAUCAAGAUUUAAGGACAAUAAUAAUAAUGAAGAUGAUGAUCAAAAUAAUAAUGAAAAUAAUGAAAACAGUACACCACCUUCAACAACAACAACACAAGGAAGAUAUCCAAGUAUAUUAAAGAAUAGUAAUAAUAAUAAUAACAAAUCAAAUAGUAAUAAUAAUUCAAAACCUAGAAUGAUAACCAAAUAUAUUACUAGAUCUGGUAAAAAAGAUAAUACUGUAGUAUUCUCCUCUGCGACCAAUAACAAGAAUGUCGGCGUUGAUAUUUGGGAAAGAGUUGUAGAAUUAUACGAUCAACCAAUGUUUGUCGAAGGUUGUACUGUUUCCCAAUCAUCAAAUCAUUUUUAUAAUCCUCAAAAUUUAAAAUUGGAUCCAAAGAAUUCAAUUCAAGCCAAAUUAUCAAAUGUUGAAUAUUUAUCAUAUUUUGAUAAAGAAGGUUUAAUUAAUUCAAAAGGUAGGAUUAAUUUAUAUUCUAAACAAGCUUAUAGCAUGUACCCAAUCAAAUCAAGUGGGUUUGAUAUUUCAAUUUUUUGUGUUGGUGAUUUAAAUAGAAAUAUUGGUCAAGAAAAAAAAGGAGGAGGAAUAUUAUGUUUUAAAAAUGAUCAUUUAUCAUUUUAUUUUAAUAGAAUGGUAUCAUAUUAUUCUACUAGUCAGGAUGAAGAUGAAACAACUCUUUUACCAUGGUCAAUACCAUUUUCUCAACCAUUGGAAAUUUUAAAUUCAUUAGGUCAACCCAUCAACAAUAGUAGUAGUAUUGGUGUUUCGUUUGAAAUUUUGGAAAUAUUCCCUCAAACUUUUAAUAUUCCAAUAAGAUAUCAAAACAACAACAACAACAACAACAACAAGAAUAAUAGUGUAUCAUUUAAAAAGAGAGAAAACUACAACAAUGGAGUUAGAACCAAACUUUUAAAACAAUUUGUACAAAUCAGUUCAAGUCAAUCAUCAUUUACAUCAAAAUCAAUAAGAAAUCGAGAAGAGAGCCAAGAUGGUAUUGGAUUUUCGAGUAGAUAUAUGUUUACAGAUAAAAGGUUAUACAGUCUCCUUUAUACUGCUGCAUCAAUUACAGAUAAUAUUUAUUGUUGUAUCUAUCAAUUAGAUUCUUAUAGCAGACCUAUUGCUUGUACAUUGGAUAAUUCAAUUCAAUUAAAUAAUUUAAAUCAACAACAAAUUAAGAAUAAUAAUAAUAAUAAUAAUAUAGAUUUCCCACCAUUAAAUUUAAAACAACCAUCAUCAACGUUUUCAUCUCCCUCUAUUGUUUCAAGACCAAUAGAUAGAUUGAAAUUUGUAGAUGACGGUUGGAUAGAGUUUCAACAUGAUAUUAUGGUUGCUAAAAAGUUUAAGAAUAUUAUUCAACAAUUCACCACCACCUCUGACAAUUCACCACUAUCAAUCAUAUUUACCGAUUGGAUUGAUAAACCAAUUCAAAUUAAAUAUGAUAUUGAUGGUAGAAAUCCUUCCAAUAGUCGUUCAACAUUUGAUCAAACCUCAAUUAUCUAUAGCAACAGUCAACAAUGUUCAAUUGAAUUAAUUUAUCUACAAACCCUUCAAUUAAUUGUCUCUCAAUCACCAACAGCCUAUUCCAGUUAUCAAAAUUCAAACAAUACCAAAACUCUAUUUAAUGCUUUAUCAUUAUCGAUUUCAAUGAAAAUAUUUAAUGAAAUUGAAAACAAAUUAAAUAAUACAAUAAUACCAAAAUGUUUUAAUGCAAUUGAAUUUCCAAAAGAUUAUAAUUUAGAUGUUGAAAAUAUUAAUAUUUUUAAUAAUCAAAUGAUAUCUUUAAUUGGAGCAUUUUGGGAUUUAAUGGAUUUAAAUAAUGAUGUUGGUUAUGGAAGACCUGGAUUUAGUGAUGAAAAUCAAGGAUCAAUGGCAUUUAAUUGGAUUCAAUUGUUAAAUCUUGUUUUUAGUUUGGCAGCAGACAACAACAAUGAAUUAUCAAUUAAUAAUUAUUUCAACAAUCUAUUAGAUCCUCUAUCCUCUACAUCAACCAUGCAAAAUUUAAAUAUAUUAUAUUACAACCUUGUCAUUACACCACCUGAAAUACAACAACAACAACAGUCUAAAAAUAUUUCAAAAAAUAGUAGAGAAAGAGAGUUGUCACCUUUACCAAAUGAUAUUAUUGAAAGUUUUAAUACAAAUAACUUGGGUCAAGAAGUAAUUGAUAGAAUAAUGAAAUCAUUGGAUAUGUGGAUUACCAUCAAUGAAAACAAUCAAGCCAUUCAAAUAUUAUUAAACAAUCCUCAACAACAACAAUCAUCUCAACUAUUAGAGUACUUGGAGGAUAUUUAUCAUGAAAUUCGUUCUGAUGAUAUUACACUAUGUUACAAAUACUCUAAUCAUAAUAACACUAUUAGUAAUAAUUCAAGUUAUAUAGUUGAUCUUUGUAAUAAUCCACUAUCAAUUGUAUCAAUAACCAAUUUAAUAGUAAUGGCUAUCAACUCUAUCAAUUCAAUUCAACUUAAUAAGAAUAUAAAUGGUGGCGUAGAUUUAUUCUAUUUACCAUCACCUUCAACUUUAAAGACAAACAACUUUGGUCUCUUGAUCACACUUGUUAAUAACUCAAUUUGCGAUGUUGCUCUUGUAAACAACAAAUUACUUUUGGAUAAUAUUUUAAAUAUUACAAAGAUCAAUUCUACAAGUGUAGAGGGAAAGGUUGAAAAAAUAAUUAUAGACAAUGGAUUAUGUAAAAAUAUCGGACCUACCAUAUCAAACAUACAACAAGUAUCUGGACUGACAACUGGUGGUUACCAAAUUACAAUGAUUGGUUUCUAUUUUACAGAAUACAAUGUAGCUAUGAUUGGUGAAAAGGAAUGUUUACAAACAAUGUUUAUAUCAAAUACUAAAUUAAUUUGUAUUGUUCCUCCUAAUAUUGGUAAAUCUCAUCAAAUUAAAAUUAAAGAUCAAUCAUCUCAAUCUAAUUUCUUUUUUAAUUAUAAUGAUACAAUUAUUUAUAAUGUUGGUCCAAAAUUAAUUGAUAAUAAUAAUUUAUGUAGCAUACAAUCGAUUACUCAUACCCAAAUUAUAUGUAAAAUGAAUUUGAUCGGUGGAGCGGUCGGUCGAAAUAGAUUGGUUAGAGUUUUUAUUGGUGAUACAUUGUCGACCUAUCAAAACGAUGAUAUCAACGAAUCAAUGAUAUCCUAUUCACCACCAACCAUUCAACGUGUAUUAAAUGGUACCUCUAGUUCAUCGGUAUCUAUUUGGAGCAAGACCGAUCGGGAAGUAAUCACAAUUAUUGGUUUGAGAUUUGGUACCAAUCUUUCACCACCACUAGUCAAUAUUGGAGAUUAUAGAUGCUUUGUGUUGGAAUACAAUACGACCACCAUUCAAUGUAGAGUACCUCCAUCCAAUUCAUUUGGACCAUUCCCUCUUUUGGUUCAAGUAGAUGGUCAACUAUCCAAUCGUAUUCCAUUUUAUUUUGCUGCUGCAGAGAUUCAGUACCUUUCAUCAACAAGGAUACCAACUGUUGGUCAGUUUAUACAUCUAUAUGGUAGUGGAUUGGGUAUGACCAGUGAAUCAAUCAACUAUAUCCGUAUUAAUCAAUCGAUUGAUAUUACCGAUCAAUGCUCUCAAUUUGCCACAUUUAUAGAAUGUCUAUUGCCAAAAGGUAUUGGUGCCAAUCUGCGGUUGGACCUAUCGGUUCGUGAUCAAAAAACUAUUGGUAUCACCCCUAUAUUCUCUUACAAUCCGCCAUUGAUUAAAUCAAUAUCGAUCGACUCCACACUUAAAAGAGUGACAAUCAUAGGAUCUGACUUUAUUCCGAGUCAAGUAUCUUAUCUUCUCAAAAGUGUAAUGGUUAUUUUCAACAAUAGUCCAUUAUCUUCCUCUUCCUCUUCUUCAUACCUCAAUGAAACGACCAUUAUCACCCAAUUGAAUGAAAAUUCAAUAGACAUUGACUAUAUAUCAUCUGUAAAAGUGAUGAUUGGUUAUCUUUAUUCCAAUCUUUACAAUCUCAAUCCAAACUAUGGUGACUAUGGAUGUAGUGGUUUCAUGAAAUAUGGAAAUCAAAAUAUUUCAGUCACCAACGGUGAAUACAAUCCACAUCAAUAUGGAUGGUGUAAAGGAAUAACAAAUAAUACUCAAUGUCUAGCAACUUUACAGUUUAAUCUACCAAAUGAUUGUACAGCCAGUACAACAAAAGAAGAUGGUUUAAUUUUAAUCUCUUUCAAGUACACUGUCAAUUUAAAUUUGGUCAUUGAUAGUGAAAUUAUAAAUAGUAUUGGUGGUGUAGGUUCUAAAACUCGACUUCCUCCUCCUGUUCCUCUGUCUUUUGCUCAACUAUCAAGUGUAAUUGUGUUGGUAAAGACAAAUUACAAUGGUAAACAGGAAACGAGAAAGUUAAAGUUAUCCAACUAUCGUCAAUCGAUUGACUGUCCUUUAUCAUGUUUGGUAGUCAUUCAAUCAAGUGAUAAAUCACUCAUUCCUAUUUUCAAUAAUAUACCAUUUAAUUUCCAACCACCACAAACUACAUCGCUGGAAAUGAACGUUGGAUUCUUUACAUUGGAUAGAUUCAGUGGUCCAGUUUCAAUGUCAUUGCAAUCACAUUUUAAAUCAUUGUUUACCAUUACUCUUCCGAUUGGUAGAUUUACCUUUUCUACUAGUGUACAAACAAAAUCAUUUGCCAGUGGACCAAUCACCGCUAUAGUGUCUGCCACUACACCACCAGAUCAACUAGUCAAUAUAUUUGAACAAACCAACUUGAACAAUCCAUUAUAUAUAAUCAACAAUUCAACAAGAAAUAUAAAUCCAACAAGAAAGGCAACAACCUCUUCUUCUUCUUCUUCUUCUUCUACGACUUGGAUCAUUGAAAUUGCAGCAACAGAUUUAUUCAAUGAUUAUCCAUCAUUUUCAAGAUUUGGUCAAAAUAUUAUAAUUAGAAAUGAUUAUGAUAUAAAUAACCCACCUCAACUAUAUAUUGAUAGAGUCACUAAAUUGGUGUGUACCAACAUACUUCCACUCUCUACUCGCAAAAGAUCAUGUCAAUUCCCAAGACUUGCAUCACCACCACCCAAAAAUAUUCGAAAUAUUAUUACACUUGAACAAUCGUCAACAUGGCUUGCCAAUACCUAUCCAUUCAAUUAUUCAAAGAUUGUUGUUAGUGGAUAUGUCUUUAAUGAUUUGAAUCGUAAUUUUAUUCGAGAGGGACAAGAAUCUGGUUUGGGUGGAAUCACAAUCAAUGCCAUCUACUAUGGUACUCAAUUCAAAACAAAAUCUCAACUCGAUGGAAAAUAUUCUCUCGACAUUGAUGAUAGCAACAUUUCCGUCUCUGGACCAGGUCCCAUUGUCUUGUCACUUUUCGAUAAACCAUCUAGUCUAUCAACUUAUUUCACUCCUUAUUCUUGGACUCCUUCAGUAACCAUUCAACCUCCCACUGUCACAUAUCCAAAUACCAAUAUCCCAAUGAUUGAUCGUUCAUCUUAUCCUUCUUGUAUUUAUAAUGGUUUAGAUUUUACUUCAAUGUCUUUAAUUACAUUUGAAAAAACAAUUAAAUCAAUAGAAGAAAAGAAUGUUAGUAUUAAUGGUAGAAUACAAAAACAACAGGUAUCACAAGAAUAUAAAUAUGAAUGGAAUGUUUGUGGAGUAUGUGAUACAUGUACGUACAAGGUAAAAAAUUCAUCAAACUAUGGGUUAUCAGUUUGUCAAACAUCGCUGUCUAAAGUAGGCUCACCAGUCGUUCAUUUGGGUGAGACUGUAUUUUCAACGUGGUCACCAAAUGUGGCAAAUAAUACCGGAGCUACACUGACCAUUAAAACUACAAAACCAGUGUGUCCAGGUGGAAAACCAAGAACAACUAGAAUACAUUUGGCAUGUGGAAGUACCAUUGCAACCGUAUGGAUCAAAGAAUCAUCACCUUGUGAAUAUGAUAUCUAUAUGAUCACUCCAAGUGCUUGUUCAAAUCCAAAAUGUAGAUAUCAAGGUAUUGAUUUUACUCCUCUAUCAAGAGUUGAUUAUCAAAUUGUUUCAAAAAUUGGUUAUGAAACUAAAACAUUAAUUUUUAGUAUUUGUGGAACAUCAAAUCAAUGUAUACAAAAAUUAGGUGAUCAAUAUAUAAAUAAUAAUAAUAAUAAUAAUAAUGGAAUAUCAAUCAAUGAUAUGGCAUCAUGUAUGUUGGUAACCAAUAACAAUAGUAAUAAUAAUUUGAGCAGUUACAAUUAUAAUAGAUGGAUUUUAGUUGCCAACAAUUCAAAUAGUCAAUGGGUAUCAAAUUAUGGAGGUUCAAUUGCAUUGAUCUAUAAAAAUACGAAUCCAUCUACAUUGACAACUAAAACCACCAACCCUGCCAACGCAUCUAAAAACCAACCUCUACCAUUACAAUGCUCUCCCAAUGAACCUAUUUUAUCGAUUAUAUUUUAUUGUGCUACAGGUACCAACCAAACAUCUGUGACUAGUUUAGAACAAUCAUCACCUUGUAGUUAUACAGUUCGUAUGAAUACCCCAUUAGUUUGUAAUCAAUAA